GACGUCAUAUUACACAUGCGCAAUACUUCUCUCUUUCUCUUUACUCGUGUUUUGCCAACUGAAAGAGGUAGAAUUUUAUUUCGUGGUAUCAGGAUGUCGGCAAGUUUGCAGUGGUCUAUAAUAAGGAACAAUUCCUCUUUCCUAGUGAAGAGUCUUGGUAACACUUUUACCAAGGAACCCAACAAUCUCACUGGGAAAAAUGCAUUUAAGUACAAUGGUCUUGUGAACAAGAAGGUGGUUGGUGUCAAGCCCAGUCCAGAUGGGAAAGGUGUCUUGCUAGUUACCAAGAAAAAGCGAGGUCACAAUAAGCCAUGCUCUAACUUAGUUUCAACAAAACUGAGUACAAAUAGCCGAGCUACAUUGAAGAGCCUGAGAAAUGCUUGCAGUAAGAGUCACUAUCGUGGUGAUUUGGAAGAUGCUGCUGUGCGUCGGGCAUCUGCAAUCAUCAGAAGCCAGAGACCCACUGCUGCUGUUCAGAAAAGACGUACCCGAAAGAAGCAAACUUAGAUCUUAAACAUUUGGUAAUUGAUGUGCAGUGGUAAAUAAAUGCUUCACUUCUUCUAUGAA